CUAAACUUUUGGUCAUCGUCCCCAGCUCGCCGUGAGAGUUUUCAGCUCUCGGUCGCACUGAAAAACCUACAACCUCCCCCAUCGGCUGAGCUCGAUCGACCUCUCGUCGUAACCCAAUCACAGUCCUUUCCCCGGCGAAUUUUAUUCUCCUUUCAGGAUCUUCUCUCAUCGCCGUUCAGCUUCUCACGUCCGAAACCGAUGAAGGUGAGAUCUUCUGUGAAGAAGAUGUGCGAGUUCUGCAAAGUAAUUAAGCGGCGUGGGAGAGUCUAUGUGCUUUGCAGCUCCAAUCCUAAGCACAAGCAGCGGCAAGGCAUGGCGACGUUUGCCCAUGAAGGCCCCUUGAGUGGGAGAGUAGAUGCUAUAUGGAAAUAUAAGCAGUUAUGUUGCUGAUAAGGAACUAGGACGAUGUAGAACUGUUGUUACUAUGUUCUUCAUGUCUUUCAUUUCUGAACAAUGGAGUCGUUAGCGUAGCUUCCGGACCAAGCAAUGCAAAGUUGCAGGCAGAUGAUGUUGAUCCUCCAGCUUAUGGGCACUUCUCUUGAUGUCGGGUUUUUGUUUUACCAAAACUCUGCUGGACUUUAGUAAUGCACUAUCAAGCGACUUUGACUUGGAUCAAAGUUUUCAAAUGUAAGGGAUUAGGUGGUACUUAAACUGAUAUGGAUCGCAGCCCUCACAGAGAAACAUACCGAAAUGAAUAAUUCCAUGCUCUGAAUGCCUUGCCCUGUCCUUUUGGGCACUAUCUGAAGUGUUUGAGACAGCACAACGGCACUUGAUGUUAAUCACAUACAUAGACAUCAUCUACCAAGUGAUUCUCAUUAACACCAUCUUUGACCACCUUCUUGCCAGGUCUGCAGGGUCUAGUGCAACGAAAGAGAUCCCCUCUAAUCUUGGCCUGCCGUCUCUCAUAUCUAAAAAGCACGAGCCAACAAUGAAGUCCGUUGCAUUUGGAUGGAGUGGGAGCCUUGCAUCUCUCCUCUUCAGGCAAGCGAAAUAAGAUACCGAAACAGUCGUUCUAAUGGAAGCGCAUUGCCUACUAGUAAUGUCAAUACUUAAAAGCCUCCUUUACUUCUUCACCCUGCUGAAACAUGAUUCAGUCUGAAAUCUGGGGAGUUCUUUAUGCUGUUUAUCCUGCCACAGCCCUUUCUUCUGUGCAACAGUCUUUUGAGAGGGAGAUAAGAAAGACGGAAAAGUGAAACUCUACUUUCUACUUCGUAUGCUCAUGCUUAUGAGACUAGUUAUGGCUGAGGUGUUGUGUGAUUCAAGAGAAUGUGAUGGUGUUAGACAUGUAGCCAUACUUUUACAGUCAUCCUGCAUAAUGGAUUCGUUAUCAUAUUCAAGCACUGAAGCAGGUGAAAUGAUAAGAUUGUUAUAUGAUCAGUUUUAGCUGGAAUUGAAUCUGCAGAAUCCUAGUUGCACAUGAUCUGAACGACGGCUGACUGCUGCAGGCUUGGCGAUAACUGAUGUGGGCUCGGCUAGUUUGAACCGUGUUUGAAUCAUUGGUCAACAGGUGGAAUCAAUGGAAAGGAUUUUGAUCCUUUAGAAAUUUGCCACGCCAUGGCUUCUGAAAUUGAAAGUAAGUUGUAACUGUGUGGAAUGCGAAAUUUGAAUGAUUCUCCACCUUCCAGAAAAGCAUUAUUGGUGAGAAAUUGGUUGAAUUAGAAUAGAGAACUCAGCAAAGAAGAUAAGGUGAGGUGAGGAGGGUCCCUCAAUUCACAGCCGAAAUUAAUUGUCAUGCAUAAUUGAGG